AUGAAGACCCUCUUCAAUAUUCCCAAAUCUGUCUUCUCUUCUCUUGACAGAGUCUUGCCGUCGUGGUACAAAAUGCCCCGCCUCUACCGACCUGGGUCCGUCAAGACCCACAGAAGCCCCUUUGUGGUCAAAGUGGCUGGCCCCCACAGUGAACAGGACCCAGAUCAUGAAAAGAAUCUACAGAAACAACUCGAAAAUGUACCCUGCGAUGCAAAGUGUCUCUACGUGGAUGAGAACACCCCUUCAGAUCUAGAAUGGGCAGUGCUCGGCGCUCACUUUCAGAGCGUCGAGGAUCUCCAGCUAGAAAGUGGCUUUGACGAGAAUUUAAACGACAAAAACAUCCCAUUACAUUGGCCAUUAAAACGACUUGAGUUCUCGAGCGCUUGCGCCGAGCUUGUGCAAAGCCCGUUCAUACGCCAUGGUCUCGUCCCUCAUCUCAGGCUUUACCUCACGUGCGGGCUUCGAUUUGACGGCCCGACCAGCAUGGAGCUCAGGGCCAAGCACCGGGAGGCGAUCGAGAAGGGAGAAAAAGAGCGCCAAUUUCUCAGUCCAGAAAGCAAGAUUGAAUUCACCUUCCUCCCUGAUCUCGUAGCCGAGGACAUGCAGCAACGGUACGGGAAUCCAGAUCGCAAGCUAGAUCCUGAGAACGAACUUCCAUCGCAGUCGAUCAACAUGCACACUUUGGAAAUCAUUGAAAACGACGCCAUGGAGACGUUCUGUCGCAUGGCAUUAGGUAUCCCACGUGUUCUGGAAAACCUUCACACUCUGCUUAUUCAUUCUACCCGUGGAUUAGACUUUCCAUGUCUAGGUGAAGAGAUGUUUCUCGAAGCUCUACCGCAGUUGGACAAUCUCAAGACAUUAGAUUUCUCAAUUGGCGAUGUGUUUUUCAAUCCCUCUUCACUGCCUAGUCUUUACAAAAAUCUUCCCCCAAACCUUGAAUCCCUAACAUUCCGUGGGCCUGCAUCACUCACGAUGUCAGACCAAUGGGCUGACUGGGUCGGUGCGUUUGGAUCAAGAGACUUCCUGCCCAGUUUGAAGGAUCUAGUCUUUGUACUGGAUCUUCAUAGCGAAAAGAAUAAGCAGACCAACUUGGAAAGUGCAGGGUUUGACCCAGACAUGCUACUCCUGCACUCGAUUCGGGCAUGUGAAGCUUUGCAUCAGGCAGCCCACGCGCGGGGUAUUAAUGUCAUGAGACCCUCGCGGACUCGAAGUUACAAAACGGAAAGGCCAAUUGAUGACCAGUGGUGA